AUACCCCCCUGGCCUCCACCAACGGCUCGCCAGGCUUCCACACCCUCACACUAAGACAGACUGACAAGAAAGAAAGACAAGAACAACGGGAGACGGCGAGACUGGCUUGUACAAGCUGCCCUGACACAAGCCAUCCAGGUGAAAAAAAUCGAGCACCAAACUAAGGAAAAUGACAGAUCAACCAGGAAACCCAGACCAGUUCCCUGCAGAGAAGGGCCAAGGAGGAGCUGGAGCCUCAUAUAAGCUGUCACUUUUUGAGUUUGAGAACUUUCGUGGAAAGAAAGUGGAAUUGUCUGGUGAAUGUAAAGAUGUGCUGAAGAAGAUGGAGAAAGUCGGCUCCAUCAUUGUGGAAUCUGGACCAUGGAUUGGUUUUGAACAUCCACGUUUUGCGGGAGAGAAGUUUGUAUUGGAGAAGGGGGAGUAUCCCCGUUGGAGCACUUGGACCAACUGCCAAAGUCACUUUUGUCUGAGCUCUUUCAGGCCCCUAAAAGUGGACAAUGCAGAUCACAAGCUGCACCUGUUUGAGAACGCAGGCUUUGAGGGCAGGAAGAUGGAGAUUAAUGACGAUGAUGUUCCCAGUCUGUGGGCUUAUGGUUUCCAGGAUCGUGUGGCCAGUGCUAAGGCCAUCAGCGGCACGUGGGUGGGCUACAUGUACCCAGGCUACAGAGGACGCCAGUAUGUGUUUGAACAUGGAGACUUUAAGCACUGGAAUGACUGGGGAGCCACGGCGCCUCAGAUCCAGUCUGUCCGACGUGUGAGGGACAUGCAGUGGCACAAAAGGGGGUGUUUCAUUGCAACUACUCCUACUCCUAAUCCCAACCCUAACCCUAACCCAAACCCUACUCCCAAUCCUGUUCCUAACCCUACUCCCAUUCCCAAACCAUCUCCAAACCCCAAAUCACAAACCCAGCCUCAAGCCUAAACUAAGACCACAAAUUCAGCACCACUUUACAGCUCCUGGGACAAGCCCAAGCCACUGUGAGAUUACGAUGACUAUAAUUACUGGCAUUUGCAAGGAUGAAACAUAAAUUUGUGAUCACAAAUAAAGUUGUUUCCC